AUGAGGAUCGGUAACUCGCACAGCCGGAGUAACUUGAUUCAUUACGAAUGCUACCGAGCUGGUUACCCAACUGGCGGCUCCCUCUCAUCCGGAACCACUAAGUCUGUCAGGAUCGACUGCCCAUUCAGGCUCAACGGUCGAUUUUUCCCCGACACAGGCAAUUGGCUCCUUAUCCAUACCCACCUUGGCCAUAAUCAUCCCCCUGACCCCAAUGUCAAGCCUCGCAAACGACCCAGCAAGAAAAACAAACCCCUGGUACCUGCUCUCGUGGAACCCUCAAUAGAACAACAUAGACCUUUUGACGCCUCACUUGAAUCCACCAUCUCAUCUCUUUCCGCACGUUUACACGCUCUGACUCCUCACCGUCGACAAAUCGCUAUCAUCAAAAUCGAUUCGAUUCUCAAUGACCCAAUCCAGGGACCCCUGGCAGCAGUUCGCCCUGACCCAUCGCAGAAUUGGUCAAGCAAUAUCGACGUUGAUAUGCCUAUCAUCCAAAGCGAUUCCCCAGGCACCACCACACUCAACAUGCCAGUGCUGUUCCCCAACAGCCCAGCCUCCCCAAACAACUACAAAAUUGAAAACGCUACACAUCACGACACUUUUGAUGAACCCCAUUUUACUCCCUCAAUUCAUUUGUUAUAUUAUCUGUACAUCAUCCAGAUCCGAUCUUGCAUAGGUGAAAGCAUGUUUUCAUUUGAGAAAACAAAUCCUGCCACAUCUCCCUACCCUACGAACGAAUAUAUCGAUAGCCUAGUUGAUGACUUCUACGGACCCACUGAAGACACGACCUCCACUUUCAAUAUGGAAGACCUCAGUUCUGACCCUAAGGCCAAAGUACAAGAACCCAACAAACCCCUUCCCACAGCUUCCACCUCGCUUAGUCCAACACCUACGACAUCAAACCUCACGCUGCCUGCACCAGUAACGAGGAUCACCAGGAAGCGAGCUCGCGAACUUCCACCUCUCAUGAAGAAAUAUCGCAUACGGGACCGGCUGCAACCAUUUAUCCUCGAUGUAUGCGAAGUAGAGGCGGAUGGACACUGCGGCUUUCGCGCCAUCGCGGUAGCCCUUGGCCGUUCUCAAGACGAGUGGCUCGAUAUACGCCAGAGCAUGGUCAACACUGUAGAGAGCUAUCCUCAACUGUUCUCUGACGACACGCUACCUCAGCCGCGUGCCAAAGGGUUAAACCGCCUUCGGACACGCAAACGAAAUGUAGUGUCCCAGCAAGAGCACUGGCUCACCAUGCCAGGUUGGGGUGGAGUUAUAGCUACAACAUUUGAGCGUCCAGUGAUAUACUACGACCCUGGUGCAUAUAGCCAGACUAUAUUUCCUUACCUCACAGGACCUAAUCAGCAUCCACCAAUCGUCCUAACCGUCGCAUCACUCCACUUUUGCACCCUCAAGCUUGAUCUGACCUUGGAGGGCCUCCCAGUUCCACGAGUUUGUAAAACGUGGCGCCGAUAUUGCAACGAGGACGCGACUCAUUGGCUUGACACAUGGGGUCCAUUGAUUGAACUCAAUGAGCAAUUCAUCAAAUCCAAUAACAAAAGUGGCAGAAAGAAAAAACAACUGGCUCCAAUAGUUGUAUCUGAUUGA